GCACCGAUCGGCAUCGCAUCUGUACUUGCUAGCCAGCGCACCCUCUCUUUUAUCCACAUCAGCUCGGUCGAUCACUGACCAUCUCAGUCGAGCUGCAUCUGCAGGUGUACUAGUAGUACGCCUAAGCUGAGCUUGCAUAUACCACUGUACGCACAUCAAAUUAAUCUGAAACUAAUUAAGUUAUCAGGUGCGGGGAGAGAACAAUCGACACGAUGGCUUCUGCUUUCUCGUCCACCGUUGGAGCUCCGGCGUCGACCCCGACCACCUUCCUCGGGAAGAAGGUGAAGAAGCAGGCCGGUGCGUUGAACUACUACCAUGGUGGCAACAAGAUCAACAAUAGGGUGGUCAGGGCCAUGGCGGCCAAAAAGGAACUUGACGAGGGCAAGCAGACCGAUGCCGAUCGGUGGAAGGGUCUCGCUUACGACAUCUCCGAUGACCAGCAGGACAUCACGAGGGGGAAAGGCAUCGUGGACUCCCUGUUCCAGGCCCCCAUGGGCGACGGCACCCACGAGGCCAUCCUGAGCUCCUACGAGUACAUCAGCCAGGGCCUGCGCAAGUACGACUUCGACAACACCAUGGACGGGCUGUACAUCGCCCCGGCGUUCAUGGACAAGCUCAUCGUCCACCUCGCCAAGAACUUCAUGACACUCCCCAACAUCAAGGUCCCUCUCAUCCUGGGUAUCUGGGGAGGCAAGGGACAGGGCAAGUCGUUCCAGUGCGAGCUGGUGUUCGCCAAGAUGGGCAUCAACCCCAUCAUGAUGAGCGCCGGAGAGCUGGAGAGCGGCAACGCCGGCGAGCCGGCCAAGCUGAUCCGGCAGAGGUACCGCGAGGCUGCCGACAUUAUCAAGAAGGGCAAGAUGUGCUGCCUCUUCAUCAACGACCUGGACGCCGGCGCGGGGCGGAUGGGCGGGACGACGCAGUACACGGUGAACAACCAGAUGGUGAACGCCACCCUGAUGAACAUCGCGGACGCGCCCACCAACGUGCAGCUCCCGGGGAUGUACAACAAGGAGGAGAACCCACGCGUGCCCAUCAUCGUCACCGGCAACGACUUCUCGACGCUGUACGCGCCCCUCAUCCGGGACGGCCGCAUGGAGAAGUUCUACUGGGCGCCCACCCGGGAGGACCGCAUCGGCGUGUGCAAGGGCAUCUUCCGCACCGACAACGUCCCCGACGAGGCCGUGGUGAGGCUGGUGGACACCUUCCCGGGGCAGUCCAUCGACUUCUUCGGCGCGCUGCGGGCGCGGGUGUACGACGACGAGGUGCGCAAGUGGGUCGGCGAGAUCGGCGUCGAGAACAUCUCCAAGCGGCUCGUCAACUCCAGGGAGGGGCCGCCGACGUUCGACCAGCCCAAGAUGACCAUCGAGAAGCUCAUGGAGUACGGCCACAUGCUGGUCCAGGAGCAGGAGAACGUGAAGCGCGUGCAGCUCGCCGACAAGUACCUCAGCGAGGCGGCGCUCGGCCAAGCCAACGACGACGCCAUGGCGACCGGCGCCUUCUACGGCAAGUAGAAAGUCCUAUACUUAAGAUGCAUGCGUGCAUGCAUGCACUAUAUAUAUGCUGGAAUAUUUUGGACUCGAAUCCACUCAAACUUUUUGAUUCAUCGCCGCACAGGUAGCCCAAUUGUAAGUCUCUUCUUGAAAGAGAAUCCAAUUGUAUAUGUUUUCGUAUUGCCUAUAUAUACCUGAAUCGUCAUUUUCCGCUUAA